AUGGCUCUUCGCUGCUACAGCAGAAGAAACCUUGUGCCCGCCUAUAGAGCGCUGCAGCAGCGGAUGUCGACUGCGGGCCCCUCAGAUGUUGCUUGCACCGCUGUACCUGCCGCGCGGAGGUACGCCCACGACACAUCUUCAGCAUCGCAGCAAUACUCAUCAGCAGCACAAGAUCAGCAGCAUGGAAGUUGGUCUUUCUUCUUUCCCGACAAUCUACCCUGGGCGCAGAGGAAACUUUUUGCUUCGCGAGCAAGGCAUCCCCUUGUGAAGAAGCUCAUCUCCGAAAUCUACAGCACCUCCCGUGAUCCUGCUGCCAACCGUGUCUGGAAAGCCUACAUGGACCUCAAAGAGACCUAUGAUGCCGAUAUUGCAAGUAACUCGUCGGCAGCCUCGACCUCCCUUCUCACACAACUCGAGCCUGCCCACCUACAGCAGCUCUUACGAGCCAUAGACCCUGCCGUAGCAAGGACACGGAAGCUAGCUCGAGCUGAGAGCAAGCGUCGCCAGAACAUGCACGAGCAGCAAUCGACAAUCGCUUCUGGCAAAUCACCUGCCAAAAUUCUCGUCGCAGAGCCUCACAGCUCCAAGCACUCUGGCAAGAUCUUCGACGCCCAACAUCCUGUCCGCGAGUACAUGCGCAGAGUCCAAAUCAUCUUCCGUGACAUGAGGCUGCACUCAUCCAUCGUACCCAGCACCAGCUCCGCCUUCGAGUCUCUGCCCAGCCUAGCUGACUACAACCACGUCCUCUCGCGUCUGGCACCUGGAGGUCACAUCGGCCCCAUGUCGGCCAUCUGGAAUGGGAUUACGGACGUCUCGCCAAAGGCUGGCUCACAAGGUCUUCAUCCGAACCAGUACACAUACAGGGAGUUGAUGGUCGGACUCAGUCGACACGCAACCGAGCAGAUCGAGAGAGUGCAAAAGGGAGAAGCGUCAAAGAUGUUGGAUUACUCCCCAAGGAAGAAGCAGCUGGAAAAGUCGGCGAGAGCUGCCGCCGCAGGUUUGGCCAGAUUCGGUCAAGUCUUGGCACCUUCAGCACGAGCAGCUGCUAUUCUCGCUGCUCUUCGCACCAUGGCCCUUCUCAAAGACAUGAAAGAUCACGCAGUGACGCCUAACCAGUUCACACUCGACUUUGCCGCCCGAACACUCCGAUUGGCAGGCCACAUCGACGGUCUUCACCUGCUCAUGCAACAGGCUUACGGCAUUGACCUAUCGUCUCCCGACACUACUGAAUCAGCGGAGAAACAGUCUAGCGGCGUUGCUCCCACCACGCAUACCCUCAACACCAUCCUGAUGGCACUCGGUGAGCAGGCCAGUGUGCCCGAGAUGGUUGCUGCUUACGAGACCCUUGCUAAGCCCCUGCCUCUAGAUUCGGCUCGUGCAGACACAUCCUCUUCAGGAGAGGGCAUCUUCUCCACCAACUGGAAAGAUAUCUUCAACAGCAUGCGCAACCAUGAUGCUGAGGUAGCUCAGCAAGGUAAUAGCAUCGAAGAGACAAGCGUCCCAGACAUUUUUGCAUACGUCAUCCCCCACAGGAUUUAUCCGAACACCAAGACGUUCCAGAUCUUGCUCCGUCAUUGCUGCAGCGAAGUCGAUCCGCUUCGGUCCCCGGUGGCCCUCAAGACGCAAGGUGGCACCAGCUCGAUCAACACAUUAGCAAAAGAAUUAACCGAGAAAGCCUUGGCCGAGAUGCAGGAUGGCGGGCCUCGUGCAGCUGAGAUGGAGCGCAGGCGCAGGGGCGCUUACACUUUGUUCGCCAAGAGCCUUCUGUCCGAAGCGCUUGACCGGUCUGACGAGCUGCUGCGCUUGACAGCUCGCAACCUGGGAAUCAACUUUGAGCUCACCGAGCAAACUGCCACCACCUCCACGAAAGGUACGGAGCAGUCCGAGUCUGUCGAUGCCGAGACCGUCGAGAGUGCUAUGUCAACCCAACUCAGGCCAGAAUACUCCAGUGUCUCUGUUAAUCCAGGUAAUGCGUUAGAAGCCGACUUCCUUCCCAUUCUCGAACCACCGGCCUUCUCCAUCACUGCGCUCAUGGUCGAGCCCUUUUUCUCGUUGGCGUCGCAAAGCAAGAACAUAGGCGACCUUCGCUGGAUUCGAUCAAUCUUGUCCAAAGCCCUGCAGAAAAAGGCUGCCGAGGUAAAGUUGAUUGAUGCAGCUUGGCGAGUGUACAGCGCACGCUUCUCAAAAGCACGCGAGCUCGUCACAUCGCAAGACUCGACCGCUAAGCCGAAGCUGAGCGAUCUGGAGGGCCUCGAGCCUCUAAAGCUCAACGACCAGAAGCAAAGCGAGAUCUACGCCUUCCUCAACCGUCUGCGUCAACAACACCGACUAGCAGCCAGGCAAGCACAGGGCUUAGAACAGCUACUCUACGAUCGACUGGACGAGCGCAUGCAGGACCUAGCCGCACGCAGAAACCGCAAGAAGAUGCAGCGAGUGAACAACCAUCGCGAGCAACGCAUCGUGGCUGAACAGCAGAGGAUUGAGGAGGAAGAGCUUGAAGCUGCACGAAAGGCUGAGGCCGCUGAGGCGAGAAGGCUUCGAGCUCUUCAGAAGGACGAGCAGCAAAGCUUGCAAACCUCUGCCGACAAUGCUAGUCCUCCAUUGGAGGCUGCCGCUUCGACUGUAUGA